AUCCAUCUUUCACGCCAUAAUUUUAUAGAUUUCUCUACUGGACUUACGGACAUAUGGUCGCUGUAUGGAAGUACCUUUCCUCAAGUCCGGGAAUUAUGGGAAGGCCAUGACGCUUUUCGCGUAACAUCCGAUCCUUCCUUCUUGGCUCGGUGUGGAAUGGACCGAACUGUGUCCAUUGAACGAUUAUUCGUGCAAGGAGCAUACGAGACAUAUGGUACCUUAGAUCUUAGCGUUCUGACCGCUUCUGCAGCGCUUCAACGACGGAUCGUAGAUGAGGUUCUACGCGGAAAAAAUUCUCUCCCCUGUGUUCAGAACUACCGCGGAGAAUGUUUUAUUACGGACCCGUUGAAAAGUUGGAAUUUUACAGACUUUGCAUUUCUGGAUGCCGAUGAGGUAUUCAGGCGUGUCAACAGGGUCCCGAUGGUUGACGGACUUCCUGUCCCGGCUCAGUCAUUACUUUCUGGCCAGCCUCAGGAGGAUGACCAGAUCGAGGACCCUGAUUUCCUCACAUUCACUUAUUACUUCCAUGGAGACGAUUGUCAGAACGAGGCAAAGCACAAUGCUUGGUUGAAACGCCUUCAAGCUGUGGGCUCUGGGAUGGGGAGAAUAAAGUCAUCCUCUUCUGCACCAAAAUUACUUUCUAUUCAGUAUGAUGUCAGUGACGACAAAUCUCGGAUUUCUCUAAUGGCUGUUGUGCUGUACAUCACCUAUGCCGUUGUGUUCGUUCACUUUUCCGGUUCUCUCAAGCGUAUGGACACUGUGCAUUCGCGUUACGGUCUAGCGUUAACCGGGAUCGUGGAGAUCAUUGCCAGCACGUUGUGCAGUGUAAGCGUUUGCGCUCUUUGGGGUUAUCAUAUUACCAUGGUACCUUGGGGGAUUUUACCUGUGGUGAUUGUGCUUGUGGGUGCUGAAAACAUGUUUACGCUGAUCGACAAGGUGGUUUCAACCCGUGUGACUCUCCCUGUUAAAGAGCGUCUAGCCUUGGGUCUUUCCCAUGCUGGAACUUUCAAUACUUUUCGUGUUGUGGGUUGCAAUGUAAUUCUUGGGACCAUCGGUUUUUUCGCGUAUGGUGCCACUCGCCAAUUUUGUGUCUUUGCAAUCGUUGUGCUUGUGGCUCACUGGUUUCUGGUGCAUACCAUGUUUGUCGCAGUAUUGGCCAUCGACCUGUACCGUCUGGAGCUCAGCGAACUUUUGCAUCAGGGUUCAAAGAAGCCGUCCGUACCUAAUGGAGCGAAUGGUCUGAAGCGCACCAGCCUCAGCCCCGUGAAAAAGCGCAACAAGGUGCAACAGUUCCUGAAAUCGGAGGCGGCGACCAACGGGAGUUUACUACUCAUGCUGGCUGUGUCAGCAACAUUGUACUAUGCCACUUAUUCAUUUCCGGACAGGUAUGAUAUGGAGCCACGAGUUACGGCUGUGGCGCACCGCAUGAACAGCACUCGACCGGCACCUCCCACCGAAGUCGUUCAAGACGUCGUAGGCAGGAAGAUAUGGGACGUCCUCAACCCUGAGGAUGACCCACUUCUCUUCGUCAAAAUCGAGCCUCCUACUGUCAUUGAGUUAGCCAUCUCCACUUCACAACCACAAGCGGAGCGUCGUCAUCAGCCUCGCUUCUUUGCAUCUCGCAUGACUUCCCAACUCAAUCGAUUGAUGAGGAUCGUGAUAUUUCCUUCAGUUGCUACCAAUUUCCUGCUCUACAUAUUACUUCGAUAUUUGCAGAAAGAUCCAGAGUUGGUCGCCGCGCAGGGGCAUCGCGAGGAUGGCGAUCGCCCUUCGAAGCCUCGCACCAACCUGGUUGAAGGCAAUGUCUCAUUUACGCCGUUGCUGCGUGCAUGUUCUCAAAAUGUGGCGAUGAUUGCUUACAGUCAAGACACAUCUAUUAUUGCUGCUGUCAGCGAUAAUGAACUUGCCAUAUGGUUCGAGGAUGGAUCUCAUCUGACCCUUGAUACUACCUCCGCUCUUUAUUCCCGCUCACAGUCACUUGGGGAAAUAACGAGCCUCGCUGUUGAUCCGUCUGGCGCCUACUGCGCUAUUGGUAGUAGUGAGGGAAUACUUGCGGUCUGGUCAAUCUUCAUUCGUUCGGUCCUAUUUCAAGCUAGUGCGCUGUUACCGGGAAGGAUUCGUUCGGUUCGGUUUGGAUACACCCCAAACGUGCUCACACACCGAACCAAGUCGAAACUAAACCUCCGACGGCCAUUAACCCUCGCCAUAUCAGUGGAUGAUGGGGAAACGUACAUCUGGGACUUUUUUUCUUCAUCGUUGCCUUCCAGAGGAGCCGAAGCUAUUCCUCAGCUUAGCUCCGCGUUUGUGGUCCCCCCAGGCUCGAAUGUUCACAAAGAAUCUACCCCUAUUGUCCCCAGAUCUCCCCGCGAGGGAGUCAAGCCGUCGAUGACGUUCUACUCCAUGCGGCUUGCCGGAUUGGGUGUGACAGAUACUAUCAUCAGCGUGCAUCCUCAAAUACUGCGCGUUGGCGAUGUCAACUUUCCAAUCCUUAUCAUUAUCACACAAAAUCGCCAAGUAUUUAUCUUCAGAGAGGAUUCGCGAGAGCUUGCUGGAGUUGUUGAGGCUCAGUGCAGUGUAGUAGACCAGAUUCGGGUCAUCGGAUUGUCUGCCAGGGAAUGCGCAAAAUGUUUAAAUGAUCGGGAUAGUACUCUGGUCAUUGCCUUGGGAACGGAGGAAGUGCUGAAGAUAUACCAUCUCCCAUGCGUUCCUGAAGGGAAGUUAUGUUCAUGUCUUCGACAUGAUAUGCUUGAUGCACAUAACGUGGUUCAAGAUGGGAGCAUUUCACGUCGAACCAGUAUGACCUUCAUCUCGGCAACUUCACCUCCUACACGUUUACAAACCUUCCCCGUCCCGCUUCCAAUGGCCUCCAUUGGAUCUGCCAUCGAUUCCUCACGGCGGCUUCGAACUGCCACUAAGGUCGCUGAGAUUUCCAUCGAAAGAGGAAGCUGGGACGUAUGCAAUAAUCUUAUUCUUGGAGUACGAAGACGGCCGCCUGCCUUCCAGCCGAGAUCAAGUCGGAACGAACUCUCGCCAAGCAGCCGGCCACAGCCCAAGUCGCCGUUUGAGCGAUGGGAGCUCUGGUCUCUCGACCUAUAUGGGAAUUUACGAGUUUCUCCUAUUUCUGAACUUUCCUCACAUGCUGAUUCAUCAAGUCCAAGGACAUCCCGUUCAUCUAGCGUCUCCGAGUUAUUCUUCCACCCACCGCCCGAAGCCUCCAUGCCCACUCAGGUGCACUCCAGUGCCUCCACAAGCUCUACCUUCCCUCGCAUUCCUUUCACAAGGGCAGGUCCCUUUUUGUCGGUCACUCCAUCGAUCUCUAUCACUAGUUUUGGGAAUACUCUUGGAGUUUUUCGUUUCUCCUAAUCCCUCUCUUGGAACACUAGAGCGCCCGUAUCCUUGGAAUUCAUUUGUAUCUUGCUUAUGUAGCCCAGUAUUGUACGAUUGCACCUACAUAAACUAAUUACUUGGACUCUGCAAGAAUGUUUUAGCACGACUAGAUAGCAAGUCUUCAUU